GAACUUAGACGCGCACCUCUAUAGCCAUCCAGUCGAUCUCGGCUGUUUGCUUGUAAACCCUUACGGGAUACGCCUCUCCAGUUCUUCGCAGCAGCUUUCCACAGGUGGUAAAACAAACUGAAAGUAAUAGCAUCCCCCAUCCGAUGCUCUAGAAUCAGAGUUGGAAGAAGGAUGUGUCAUCUUCUUUAGAUUAAUUUGAUGUACUUUUCUACCUCUUGUAGGCUAAAAGCCCUUCCACCUAUACAAAACUGACAAAUGGCUUUAUCUUCUCAGUUCUUGACCCCUAGGGACUGGUAUGUAACACCCCUUAGUUCAAACCUCCUUCGUGGUACGACAUUGUGGUUGCACUCCAAUGUCGGUUGCAAGUACCAAAGAAAAGAAAAUUUCAAGACUUGUUAUACUUUAACACCUCGUGCCUCUGUUAAGAUUGUCCGUAGUCGUCCAUUAGAUCGGCAUGCUGUAAAACAUAACAAAACUCGAUUUGUACAAAAGCUGAUAAUCCUGCUGCUGUCUAAACCAAAGCAUUAUAUACCAAUCCACAUUCUUUCCAAGUGUCGUGGCUAUCUUUCCCUUCCCAAACCCCGCUCUCUUCUUUCAAUGAUUCAUCGUUAUCCUUCCAUUUUUGAACUUUUUUCAAUCCCUUAUCCACCCACACCACUCAAUGCAACUAAGCUAUACCCCCAACUUUGUGUUCGUCUAACCCCAGCAGCAGCAUCUCUUGCUAAGCAGGACUCCAAUCUCAAAUUGGUGAUCUCUAACACCCUGGCUGAGAAGCUCCAGAAGUUACUUAUGCUUUCUUCACACCACAGGAUUCUCUUAUCCAAGCUGGUUCACCUUGCUCCCGACCUGAGCAUGCCCCCAAAUUUUAGGUCCCGUCUCUGUAAUGAUUAUCCAGAAAAAUUCAGGACUGUUGAUACUUCAUAUGGCCGUGCACUGGAGCUUGUCUUCUGGGACCCAGAGUUGGCAAAGCCUUUACCUUGCCUUCAAGUUUCUUCACGUGAGCUAAUAGUGGAUAGACCUUUAAAAUUCAACUUGUUGAAACUAAGAAAGGGACUGAACUUGAAAAGAGCCCACCAGGAAUUUCUAAUUAAGUUCAGGGAUUUGCCAGAUGUUUGCCCUUACAAAACUCCUGCGAGUGAGUUGGCUAAGGAGUCUCUCGAGUCAGAGAAACGAGCUUGUGCUGUAGUGCGAGAGGUAUUGGGGAUGAUGAUUGAGAAGAGGACUUUAAUAGAUCACUUGACACAUUUUAGAAAAGAUUUUGGGCUACCCAAUAAACUUAGAGGAAUGAUUGUGAGGCAUCCAGAGUUAUUUUAUGUGAGUCUGAAGGGUCAGAGAGACUCUGUAUUCCUUGUAGAGGGGUUCAACGAUAAGGGUCAUCUAAUAGAGAAGGAUGAGACUUUGGCUAUCAAAAAUCAAUGGAUGAAGCUUUUGAUGGAAGGGAAAAGGAUGAGACGGGAGAAGAGGAAGGCUCAAAUAUAUGACAGUAGAUAUGGAAAUGAUCAUGAAAAUUAUAGUCAUGACCAUGAGAUGGAAACUGACUAUGAUGAUGAUUACGAAGAUGGUUUUGAGAGUUUAUUUCAGUAUGAGGAUUUAGAUUUUGAGGAUGAGGAGAGUGAUCUGCCAAGCAAUAGGUCAAAUGGAGACUUUUGGACUACAAAUAAUGCAGCAGAUAUUAUAAAUGACGCAAAUGGAGGACAUAUAGAACCGUGGUGAUGGUUAAUAUAACUUGUUUGAUAUAUUUGGAAGAUUCAUCAAAAUAUUUCUACAGUUAACGUAAACAAAGUGCCUCUUCAGUUUGUUUAUUAAAUUCAGAAAAAGCACUUUGUGAACAUAAAGGUCAGGCUUGGAAGCUCAAAGGAUGUUUAAAUGUAGCCUGGUGAUCUUUAGGAAGGGCUGAAGCCACUGCCUCUUGGCUCAUGUAUUUCUGCUUGAGCAAGGUCCCCAUGAAUGUAUCCUCUGCUGAUAUAACACUAUACCUUCUCCAGCUGUAUAUUGAACCUGCUUGUCAUGUUCUUUUAUCUCCUCAAAAUGUAGAAUGAUUGGAAUCCCUUAUGGAGUGUGAACAAAACUUCUCCCUAAUCAAGAGGGAUGUAUGAAAGAUAAGUCCUAACUCCUGUUUAUGUGUACCAUUUGAUACACGAAGACAACAUAUUCCAGUUAAUGAAUAAUGUAAAUAUUCAGAUAUAGUUCGGUACCUCGUCUCUACUCCUUGGUCGCAGGCAGUGAAUGUAUUCAGAUUAAUUUUCUCCUCUUUGGGACGGUGUUAAUAAGACGGUAUUUUCAUUUUUCGUUUACUAAUUACUCAUUUACUGUUUCUUAUUUUUAGUUUCUAAGAAGCAUGUGUUUAGGAACUAUUGUUGCUUCUCGUUUCUCAUUUUUAAGAAACAAGAAACAAUUAUGUAUCACUUUUUCUCUUUCAUAUAAAACAGAAAACAUGGAAUACGAAACAGGAUCCUCACCAAAUAAGUCCUAAAUUCUUCUGUUAAACAUGUGAAUAAUGUAUGUAUCACGUCUUGUGUAUUUGCGGAGCAUUAUGGAUGGAUCCUUCUAGCUUUGGUUGUAUCCCUAGUAUAUGCUCCUAAAUUGAUGAAUUGGCUUCUGAUGACUGCACAGUAACAGAUAUUCUGUGUGGACAGAUACGGGUCAAACAUUUUUAUCCAUACUAUGAUGUGUUACACGUUUUGCCAUAUAUCCUUCAUUUCAGUUCUCUGCAGGUAUAUUAAUCGUAUGCCUAUUUUACUGCUGUUUUCUGAGGUUUGUCUAGCUUUUUAUACACAGAAUCAUUAUUUAUGAUUUUUAGUAUAUUUUCUAAUUUUGAUUCAGAAAUAGAUAGGUGCUGCCAGACAUCUUCACUGACGAGACUUUGUUUCUUCUUGAUGUUUGUUGGACUCUAGUUGUUUGAUGAACACACAUACCAAUUAUUACAAAUCAAAAGGUUUGUUAAAAGACACACCCACGCCAUCUUUCAGCAGAAAGCAUACUUGAAAUGUGCGUCAUGCUUUGUGCAAUUGAUAUGCAUGCAUUUGUGCUAAUCAUUUGUGUUGAAUGUUUACUUUAGGUGAGUUCGUGAUAACUCUUAAGAGGGUUAAACAGUGUUUUAGUCAUUCAAAAUUACUCAUCAAAAUUUUAAUGUUGAUUAAUUACUUAGUCAAAAGUGAUUAUGGAGCAUGUACAAAUACUUUAAAGUCGAUGAAAGGAAGCACUUAAUGAGUGUUCUUUUAAAAAAUACUUACUCUUAAAAGUUACCUCAAGGUGUGUUCAUUGUAAAAACAUUACUUACAUUAGAAAUUUGCAAUCAUGUGCUUUGUGCUCCGUGUAAUUGAUAUGCAUGCAUUUUUGUUCAUUAUUUCUGCUGAAUGUUUAUCUUGCAAAGGGUUUAGGAAGAGUUGAUGUUCUUAGAAACUCACAGAGGCUAAAUUUUAUAAGCUUGUGUGGAGGGCACAUAUUCUGUCACUAGCAAUCUGAUUUGGUCCCUACUAGUGUUCUGAAAAGGCCAACAAAGCAUGUGUCUAGUCACCACGAUGCGACUUCCUGCAAUGUAGAUGAAAUCAAAGGAAUCGAUGAACAUCGAAAACAAAGCAUAAUGAUGAUGGUAUCAGUUUGAGUUUUCAAAUGCUCUUAUCAAUUAUUGCUUUAAACCUUUUCUCCUAGCAUGUAUUAGACUUGCAAUUCUCAGAAAACAUCUCCUGCAACCUUUUUUAAUGCAUGUAUGUUUAGAGCCUUAGUUGGAGGAAGCAAAGGAAGUUUCCUAAAUCAAAAUGAACUUUUUGUUGGAAAUGAUAACCUUUUGGUGAAUCUUCCAAUAAAAAGUGGUACAUAGCAUAAUCAUAUGCAUCAAAUUUAUAGUAAAUAAAUGCAUAAAAAGCUUCUCUAACUUAUCAGUCAUGCAAUUCAAAGUAUUCAUUGUUUAUUAUCUGUAGGAUUUGUAAGUUGUAAUGAGCCAUCUCUGACAGAUAAAGAUGAAAAAGAAAGGCUUGCAAUUUUUUUGAAGUAUUGGGAUACUGUUUCAGGCUUUUCAGGGGUCCAUGCUUUGCCUUCUUAAUAGCCAACAGAACCAUCAAAGAAGCAGCUAAGUUAAACCAACCAACCAACCAUUUGCUUUCAUUUUGUUGGCUUUUAAGGCAUUGCAAACUUUAAUGGUCCAGAGAAAAGGCCCCAACAGAUAGAUUCUCGCAAGAAUAUUUUUCCUUAUAAUUGCUUCAUUUGUUUAGCAAUAUUAGGAUGGAUUCAUCCAUUUAGAACUUAGAAUCCUUUUCACAUUGUGUUUUCUUCGUUCUUUCUAAGACUUUAGACUAACUUCAAUAUAAAUAUUUUGAAACUCAACUUAGACUUGAAAUAAAGAAGUUUAUGCUACAUUUUGCUUGAUGCA